UGGGUAUUGUGAGUUAGUGUGUUGAGAAGCAUAAUUUCUCUGAGUGCUAAACUGACCAACUGUGUGGCAUGUUUGCAACCGAAUCUUUCCACUCUGUCAAUCACUUAUAAUCUACUUUUCUCACUCUCUCUGAAGGCCACUUCUGUCACAUGUCACACACCCCUCCUUUUUUCUACCUUUUAUCUGUGCUGUUAGCAGAAAGCACACUGCUUCUGUAGGCCUGAAGUUUCCUUUAACUGCAUUCGUAAAUUUUCUACCACACAUGUGCACUGUCCUGUCCACUAACUAUGUUGAUAUGGUUUCAUUUCUGCCUUGUAGUCACAAAUCAGGUGAAAUGAGCUGAGUUUACCCACAUGUACUGUAUUAGGUUUGUGUGGUGAUUUGGUUUUCUCUAGUAGUGGGUGAAUUAAAUGAAUUAGCCACAGGAUAAACAGUAUACCCUGAUUUACUUUGUUACAAACAGUGAGAUAUUCUAUUUUAAAAAUGAGAACUUUGAGGAAUUGGGUGUGAACUACUGUAUAGAUACUCUUUAUGAACUUUAUUAAACAUAUAGAAACGAGGGCAACAUGUGUGUGUAUUUAAAGUAUGCAUGCAGACAUACUGCAACUGCUUAAUGACCAUUACGCAUGUUUUUUUCCUCAGAUCUUCCCUCAAAGUUUCGUAACACUUAAUGUCCAGUUGUGAGGUGCAUGCGUUGAGAAACUUUGAAUAAACUUCUGAUCAGCUGGAAAGCAAAUCACAGAUCAUUGGUUUAUUAUUAAAAUACAUUUAUUAGGUUGGGACACCACUCAACUUAGUACCUUUGAGGAUACAUUUGGGAAGAACUACUUAGUUGUUAAAAAGCAGGGGUGUAAAAAGAACUCAGAAAUUAUACUUAAGUGAAAGUAUGGAUACUGAGUGAAAAUUUUACUCAAUUAAAAGUCCAAGUAUCUAGCCAAAAAUAUACUUGAGUGAAAGUGUUUACUUUAAAUUGUACUUAAGUACUAAAAAAGUACAUAUCUGAUGGAUAGUUUAGCACUUUUAAGAACAAUACUUUUAGCUACAUUUUUAAGGAAACCAACUGUUUUGCAUAUGUCUAUAAAAUAAUAAUAAUACAAAUUUCAAUCUUAACUUUUCUUGAUUCAGGCUUAGUUUAAAGAAUCGUGAAAUGAACCGAACCGUGAGAUCAGUAUCGUGAACCAAAUCGUGAGAUGAGUGAACCAUACACCCCUAUUUUAUAUACAUAUUUGCAAUGUGAAUGAUCAUUUUUUGCACAAAACUGUGCAAUCCGUAGAAGUAGCAGGCGUAGAAUAAAGUUUAUGACAAAAACCGUCAGUGUUUCACACUUCCUGCUCAUAGUUUUGAAUGAAUACAUCACAUUCAGUCGGGUGGUCACAUACAGUCUAGUCGCACAAAUAUUUCAGUGUAUCCAACACUCAAAUCAGUUCUGAAAUUCCACCUCUGCAUAUGGUCAGAACUCCACACAGCUGCCGUGCGACACUCCAUUUGAAAUGACUGACCUCUGGUCUGUCGUUUGUCAGAUGCAGUGAAAAGGCAGCUUCAGUCCAGUAAGAUGAAAGAAAAUUAUCUGCAAAAAUGUAGUCACCAAGUAAUCCAGGACUGAAAAGAGCUGCUUUUGGUGUCCACUGCUAUGCUGGCAACAUAAAAUGAAGAUGCUGGCUUCCAUUGCUAAAGUCAUAGGCUAUCCAUAUUUCCAGUGGUCUCAGCAGUACACCAGUCCACAUAAACCCAAUGCCAUGCCAGUUCCCACUCUCUCGCCUCCUCCUCUUCCACCAGAGAGCACAGAUCGGCUGCUGGAAGAUAUCGUUGCAGCAACAUGCCAAGAUGAAGACGGUGACACGCCUCUUCACAUUGCUGUGGUUAAGGAGAACGGAGCAUUGGUUGUCUGGCUUAUUGAAAUAUAUCGGCAGGCCCACAGAGACCUAGACAUUUUCAAUAACCUACGACAGACACCAUUGCACUUGGCUGUAAUCACUCAUCAGCCUGGUCUGGUGGAAGCUCUGUUGAAUGCAGGAGCUGAUCCUGGAGCUCUUGACCGUAAUGGGCAGACAGCGCUGCACCUGUGCUGUGAGCACGGAGAGGUCGACUGUCUUUCUGUAAUCCUCAGACACUACUCCCACAACUCCUCACACCACCUGGAGAUCAGGAACUAUGAAGGUCUGACUCCCCUCCACCUAGCUGUGCAGAAUGGAGAUACAAAGUUGGCCAAAAUCUUAUUGGACAGCGGGGCUGAGUUCAACGCUGGGGAUAACAAGAGUGGCCGCAGUCCACUGAUACAUGCUGUAGAAAACAACUCUAAUGACAUGGUCAACUUACUGAUCGAGAGUGGGUGUGAUGUGAAUGCACAGUCAUACAGUGGGAACACAGCCUUGCACAGUGCCUGUGGCAGAGGUCAGAUAGAGAUCAUCAGGAUCCUGCUGAAGAAUGGAGCUGAUAGUAGUGUAAAAAACAACCAUAAUGAUACCGCCAUCAUGGUGGCAAAAAACAAAAAGGUGUCUGACGUGCUGCGUGGGAAGGGCACUCGUAGCUACACUGUGAAAACGCUGUCUAACAGUAAUGGCUCUCCUGGCAGCUCAAAUCAUUCUCCACGGGUAACUCCUACUCUUCAGCGCAGCUCUUCACGUUCUCCUGUGGCUCCUGUUUCACACUCACCCCAAAGUCAUUCAGCAGAGAGCAUUUCAGAGCGCCAAUCACCGAUGAGCAGCAAUGAAAAAACACUUGUGCAAACAUUACCAAGGACAUGCCAUAAUAUUGCAGCAGACAACAGGGAAAGCUACGGAAUGACACUCCAUACUUCCCCCUAUCGUCCACCGUCAGCCUACGACCAAAUUAAGCCUUCCUUUUCUCACAUCCAGAGAAGGAUGCUAUUCCCAGGUUCUCCUCUUUACUAUGGCCCUGGUAUUCAAAGACCUCCCUAUUACUCAGAUGCUCAGAUCAUCUUCUUCCCUGGGAUCCCUGUGCCGCUUACGUAUGGCUCUCCCUCAGAGGGUACUGUUAACCAAUCAAGGCCAUCCAGUCGCAGCAGUGACCAAUCAGACAUGUCUUCUAUGAGUGUAAACAGUGAAGAAAGAGGAGUAAGUUGAUAAUGGCCAGAUGUGUAAGCAGCUGUGACAUGGCCAAUUUAAGUGGUGUUGUUUGUAGAUGAAAAAGAUACUUAUAGAUUAAUAGCAUGUAUGUGUAUCUAAGCAUUUUUCAAAUCUAUGUUAAUUUCUAAGUUUUGUCAAAUCAGUGAUAUAAUUGUUUUAGUAUGUUUGUUAUACCAAGUGCCUUGCUAUAUAAUUGAAUUAAAAAAGGUAUACAAUAUUUUUCAUAUAAUCUUAUUCAUUACUAUUUCAUUAUAUUACUGUUUGUUCUGAAUUGAUUUGAAUUUGAAAAGCACACUGCAUUUCAAACAGUGAGGUCCUCAAAUGUGUUAUUAGUGCACGCAUCAUAGCCAAUAUAAAUUAAGUACAGUGGAAAUAGAGAUUAGUGAGAGAGAGAGAGAAAAAGAACACUGCUGUGCUAUUGUCAACCAAAAAGCAUUUUGACAUGCUUUUGACACUUUUGUUUUUUAAUGUGCAUGUUGAAAAUAUUGUAUAUGCACAAAAUCCCAACAUUGUGACAGCUACUUAUAUUUUAAUGGACAAAAACUUUAAAUGGCAGCUAUCUGAUGAAGUUCUGGGAAUGGUGGAUUCAAACCAUUGCAUAAAUCUACUUUUAAGUGAUUAAAAUUAUAACCACUGAGGCUUCAAUAUGAAUUUCCAAAAUGGUACUUGUUUGUGAUGUUGCUCAAAGUUUUACGAAUGAUUGUAUGAAUUUUGAGUUUACAUAUAAAUAUGUGAAUAUAAAUGCAGCAGUAUAUAAUAGCUUAAUUUCCUAUUAAUAAAACG